AUGGCUCAAAGUCCAUCUGGGAGUGCCGUGAAAGCUCUCCAACUUGAAUACAAAAAGAUUCAAGCAGAACCAGUGGAAGGUUUUCGUGUCAAACUUGUGAAUGAUGACAAUUUAUUCGAGUGGGAAGUUGCAAUUUUCGGACCUCCAGGAACUUUAUAUGAGGGUGGAUAUUUUAAGGCUCACAUGAAAUUCCCUCCAGAUUACCCCUACUCUCCACCAAGCGUCAGAUUUAUUUCAAAGAUGUGGCAUCCUAAUGUAUAUGAAAACGGUGAAGUAUGUAUCUCAAUUCUCCAUCCACCAGUAGAUGAUCCACAGAGUGGUGAAUUACCAUCAGAACGUUGGAACCCAACACAGACUGUUAGAACCAUUUUACUCAGUGUUAUAUCUUUGCUAAAUGAACCCAACACAUUCUCCCCUGCAAAUGUUGAUGCUUCAGUCAUGUUUCGAAAAUGGAAAGAAUCUAAAGAAAAAGAGAAGGAGUAUGAAAACAUAAUUAGAAAACAAGUGCAAGCAACAAAAGAAGAUGCAGCUAAAGACCAAGUCAGAGUUCCCACAACAUUACAAGAGUAUUGUGUUUCGUCCAUACCACCUCAUGAUAACCAAGUAGAUGCUGACUUUUAUGAUGAUGACUAUGUAGAUGAUCUGGAUGAUGAUGAGCAGGAGAUGUACCACGAAGAGGAUGAGGAGGAUUCAGGCAAUGAAGAGUCUUGAUGACAUCAUUAGUUUUCUUGUCUACUUCCUCUCAGUCCAGUGCGUGAUGUCUUCAGUGGGGGUCUAGAUGUUAAGUUCUAAUGAACUUGUUCAAUGGUUAUUGGUGAUUGCUAGUCUUAAACACUUUUCUUUUUUGAAUAUUUAAUAAAAAAUGAUGCAUUCAAUCUGUUAGUAGCAGGGUUCUUUCUUAAAUAUGGAAAUAGACUUGUUUAAAGAAUUUUUUGUUGAAGGUUGAAGUAUAACUUCCAUUUAAGAAGGCAAAGAAAAUUUUAAAAUACUGAUUAAGUCAUUUUUUUUAAAAAAAUCUUUGCUGUAAUCUACCUAGUAAUAACAUUUGUACUUCUUCUAUUUUUUAGUAAAAUAUACUCUCUUUUUUAAAGGUGAGAUUUUUGUGUUAAUUUUAAUUGGUAGUGCUGCCAAGUCAAAAUAAGAGUUUAAAAAAUUAUUUGUAUCAUAAACUCAUAAAUUCAGAAACCUAUGAAUAUUGCUCUAACUAUGUUAUGUGAUGUUUAAAGUUGUUCAUUAAGUCUGGAAUAUUUAACCAUUAAUCAUUUUUCUAAGUCUUAAAACUAAUGGGCACUUUUUUCCCCCUCCCACAAAAUAAGAACCUUGCCAAUAGGCCUACUUACAUUUAUGUGAAAUAGUAUUUCUUAGAAAGAUAUUUGGCUCUUGAUAUCAUUUCUUUUUGUUCAAUUCAAACCCAUCCCAGUCUUCCAACAGCUUUUCUUUUUGGUUUGAAAAAAGUCUAGCUGACACCACAUGACUUGUCUUCUUGACCCCCACUGGUCUCAUCCCUCUGUACAAUGUCAUUGGUGAUCACAUGGAUUAACAUCUCUUCCAUGGUUUGGAAAUAUACCAGAAAAAAAUAAAAUCAGAUUUUGGUUUGAAAGCCUGUACUUUUCAGAUCCUUUUUAGGAACAUUUUUUUUACACAUAAUGAUGUAAAAAAAAAAAAAACGGUCUAAAGCUAGAGAUCAUAAUGUUUUAAUCAACUAAAAUGUGAUUUCUUUUUUGAUGCUGUUUGAGUUGUCUGAGUUGAUAUUUGUCUAUGUCAGUCGUAGAAGAAUAAAUAAGACAAUGUUAAGCUUCAAAGUUCUUAUCACAAUUUUGAAUGGUCUCUUUCCUAGAAGACUGUGAUUCUUCUUUUUUUAGUAAUGUCAUUCUUCAGGCCAUACAAUUUGAAUGGACACUUCAUUAAUUUAUUUUGUAUCUGUUUCAGUUUUACAGUGCAGUUCAUUGUGAUUGCUAGUACUAGGUCAGAGAGAGAGUUAGUUAAACAAGAGAGUACUGCAAAAUUUAAAUCAACUUUUGGGUAUUAGGUGGCCUAGUAAAAAAGUUCCCCAAACAGACUAUGCAGAUUUUUUUUUAAAAGCUUUUUUUAAAAUUUGUGUGAGGUCCUUACUCUUAAAAAAAAUUUCUCUUCAAUUUGAAAAUAGACUCUUGAUAUUGUCUAGUAAAAUAGAUACUGAAAUUAUUAGCCAUUUAUAUCACCUCAAUGUAUCUACAUCUGUGUUCUACUGGUUAAUGAUAUGAAUUCAAAAUGUUUCUAAAUAACUGAUAAAAAUACUUAAUAAACGUCUUCAGUGGUUAUCUCCAUAUUUUCUUUAACUUUUAAUUUUCGUGUGUACCACUUCUAGACUUUUGAAAAGAGUAAUAAAUUUAACAGGACAUCUUAGGUUUAAUUAUAAUUCUAAUUUUUGUUUUCUUGUUUAGAAUGUCCGUCUAAUUAGGUCUGCCAACAGUAUAUUUGAUGAAAAGAUUUCUCUCAAGAAACUCUGUUAAAUAACAAUAUUUUUAAAAAAUUUAUUUUGGAUUCAAUCUUUUGGAACUUAAACACAACAGGCAUUUUGCUAUUGUGAACUCUUAUAACUUUAUAUUCAUUGUCAUCUUUCAUCCUGAUCUCAUUCCUAACACACUGAAUUAUUAUGUGCUCUCAUUGGACUUGUUGCCAUUUAGAGGUUUCUAUCAGUGUUCAUAGAGUCAUUGAUAUGGACAUGAAACAGAUCAAUAAAAGUAGCAUUCAUUCCCUGCUAACCUUUUUUUUUUUCUGAUUUUUCCUGCCAAUCUAAGAUUAAAAAAAUUGCUGCCAACUUCAAUUGUAACUGUUCCUCCCUGAACUAUGCUCUGGUGAAAAAUAAAUGUGAUCCAAGACCAUUGAAGUGUAGACAGUUUGCUGUUUAUUAAUACUAGUUCCAAUUUAAAGGAUGUUUUGAUUAUUUUGUUUCUUGUUUAGAUGUUUUCUGUUACAACUUGAAGAAGCAGCUGUAUAAAAUUUUGAUUUUUAUGAUGUCCAUUUUUAUGUUGUUUUUUUUUUUUUUGUUUUUUUUUUGUUUGUGUUUAAAAUUUGCCAUCAUUACCAAGAGCCAGUCCCUAAAUCUUUGAGUGGUCACACAGUCACACUAAUAUAUCAUGUUACAGUUUUGUUUUUUUCUUUGUUUUUUUUUUUACUUUCGUUUUGGGUUUAUAUUUUUGAAUUGAAUGUUGCAAAUACACUUAUGUCAGACCCAUCUCCAGCUCAGUGUGACAAAGUUAAGUAUAUUUCUUAAGUGUGUGUGUUUUUUUUUUUAUGUUUUUUUUUAAAAUAAUAUUAUCUAUAUAGAUUUUAAUUUUAAUCCUAUUUGCCUCAGAUAUUUAGUUCAAUAAGAACAUCUUAUAUAUAUAUAUAUAUAUAUUGUCACAUAAUAAGUCACACUAAAAGUUAGCGUUGAGAUGGAGAUGUGUGCUUUGAUGGCUGCCAUUGAUAAAAGUUCAGUUGAAGAUGUAACGUGCUUCAAUAUGUGUGAAUACCUAGAAUUAAAUAUCCAGUUAUGCACAGCAUAUUUAGCCUACUGAACCCUGUGUAUAAGGUUACUACAAGAAAAUUGACUUGUUGUUCAUAUAGUAAGAUUGUUCGGUGUACAUUUUAUUUCAAAUUUAUAUUCUUUUUUAUCAAGGUUUAUAUAUCCUGCAUGAAUGCCUUUUUAAAAAAAAACCUUAGCAGACAUUCCUUAGCUUUCUUUGCAUUGCAUUUGUUAAUGUGAUUGAUGACAAUAGCUGUGCUUACAAGUUUGACAUCCCACAAGAGUUACAAGGGCAUUAAGUGGGUAUAAUAACACCACUCUUGUUCCCUUUACCUCUUCCAUUUACAAACCAAUUGUAAAAUAUAGUUUCAAAAGGAGAGUGUGUUUAAGAGCCAGUUGGUUGGUUUGGUACCAGCAAUGCAAACCAGGUGGAUGUUUAGGUUUUUUUGUUUGUUUGAGAUGUUAUUGUAGUUUAAUGUGACUCACUGAAAUCCUAUGGUCAAAUCUUAGUGAUGGUCUCUUUGGUCAGUUUUGCUGUGAAUGUAAACUAUGAUCAAUAAACUUCAUGUUGAUGACUUGUG